AUGUAUCCAUCUAUCCUAGCACAUGGUGCCCCAGUCAAAGUCAAAAAUGCUAAUGGUUGGAGUCCUCUGGCUGAAGCCAUCAGUUAUGGAGACAGACAAACUAUCACAGUAUUAUUGCGGAAGUUGAAACAGCAGUCUCGAGAACACAUGGAAGUGAGAAGACCUGACCUAGUUCGAGCACUUUCGCAAAUGGGAGAUUUUUACAUGGAGCUGAAAUGGGAUUUUCAGAGUUGGGUUCCGCUUGUGUCCAGGAUGCUACCGUCCGAUAUUUGUAAAAUCCACAAAAAGGGAGCCGCUAUUCGCUUGGACACUACACUUGUGGAUUUUAAUGAUAUGCGAUGGGAGAGAGGAGACAUCAGCUUCUUGUUUUCUGGCAGUUCCAAACCAUCACACUCACUAACUGUACUUGACAACAAACUUAAAGUAUAUCAGAAUAUUCGGCAUGAGGAAACAGAGGCAGAAAUGGAAGACGAGGUGGACAUUCUCAUGAGUUCAGAUAUUGUGGCAGCACAAAUGUCAACAAAACAAAUCACCUUUUCUAGAGCUCAGACAGGUUGGAUAUUCAGAGCAGACAAAAGGUAGGUCAUUAACUG